AUGGACUUAGACAUUAAUCCAACAAUUCUUGUGGCUUAUCUUCAAUCAGUCAAUCAUUCUGUCGGAACCGGUGUUUUGUUACCCAAAGAAACUGCAGGCUCUUCCAAACGUGGCAAGAGUCCCAAUAAAUCUUCCAAGGUUGAAAAACCUAAAGUUGUUCCUGAGGUUGUUAAGGAAGUUGUUACAAAGCUUGUUACUGAGCCUGUUCAAGAAACCAUUGUCCAGGAUGUUCACACGGAGGUCGUGCCAUCGAAGACUGGUAUCUUAAAGCGUACGAAGAAUCCUGCUCAUAGACCUCUCCAUUCACCAGAUCCGAGGCCUAUUAUUGAAGAUGUUGCUGUAUAA